UUGAAACGAAGAUACAGGAUGGCGAGCUGGAUGCGAUCGGGGUUGCAAUCGAUGGUGGAUACUUCACGAAGGUUGAAGGAAGAGAUCUUGCAGACGACGGGUGUGCACGACUCGGGAUGCGUUGACCCUGUGCUUGACACGCGGACCCAGCGCUUCAAUCAACAAUGUACAGCCAUUGAACGACUGCAUGCAUCAACAGCAGAGUACGUGAAGCAAGCUGAUGCCAUGGCGAAGGCAUCAUCAGCCCUUGUUCACGAGUUUAAGGCGUUUUUCAACAUCCAGUUGGCCCAGGGCAAGGUCGACAAGGAGUCCGAAGACUUAGUGCGACAGCUGGCCCAAGCCUCCGAGUGCCUUGAGAGCAUCCACUGGGGCCUCCAGAAGUCCGUCCAUGCCGCAAGCAGCACCAUGUUGACCGAAAAGGUGCUCAAACCGAUCUCCAAGUUGAAGCAACACAACACGACCAUCCAAAAGCACGUCCAACUUCGCAAGCAAAAGAUGCUCGACUUUGACGCGCUUCGUCGCGCCGCGGGCACAUCUCCAGAAUCCCAAGCCAAAUUGCGCAUCGCCGAAGAAAGCGUGGUGAAAGCCACGGUGGACCUCAACGACACGUUCGACCGCAUGGACGACAACCGGGGCUUCAUCCUGCGCAACGAGUUCCUGGCGCUGACCGCGUCGCAGAUCUUCGUGUCCACCAAGUGCCAUGUGGGCCUGCAGCAACUGCUACCGCUCAUGCCUGGGGUCGCGGGUCGGUUGUUCGACUUGAGCUUGUUGUCGCAAGCGCCACAACUCGCGAGUGACCCCGUGCAACAUGCCGCGCUGGGGGUGCUGGACUACGCAGGCGCCAACUGCUUGCUGGAGCGACCUGUGAACAGCAUGACCCGUCUCGACCUUCCCCUUCCAACCACCGAUCGAUUGGACCCCGCGUCUCCCUUUGACGUACGUAUAUGGAUGAUGCCGACGGUUUUUCAUAUGAAGUUAGACCAUGCACGCCGUGCAAGGCCUCGCGGACUCGACGUAUGCUCGUCCGCCCGCCUCCCGCGAAUCAAGUGCCUUCCAGCGAACCCCGAGUUUGUCAUAGGGAUCUACCAUAAGCCACCACAAAUCACACUUGGACGGCUUGCUAGUGUUGUGCGUUGUGCAUCAUCGUAAUGCAUGUACACAUAGCUCAGCGCGUGGGGGUGCUACGGCGACUUCGUCAUAGCAUUCAGCAUGGCGGUAUGGCACUCGGAGCAUGUCGCGGUUCCUGCUUGACGAAGACCACAAGUUCUCACCAAUGUCCAUUGGAAUUUAUUUGAUAUUAACAUCAAG